AUGCGCAUCAAAGACGGAGACGAAGAGCAAUCAGAAACAAACGUUACAGCCGUAACGCCAGCACCGGCGCCUUCCUCUCCCGAGCCCCCAUUUACGAUAUUCGACCGGAGGCAGCAGUGGCUGAUAAUCGCCAUUGUCUCUACAGCUGCGACUUUCUCUGGAUUCGCAUCCAACAUUUACUUUCCUGCUCUUCCGACCAUUGCAGACAACUUGAACGUCUCGUUGGAAUUGAUCAAUUUGACCGUGACUUCCUACCUUAUCUUCCAAGGAAUCGCACCCAGCUUCUGGGGGCCUGUAUCGGACGUCAGAGGACGCCGGAUUGCCUACGCUUUCACAUUCGUUGUAUUCCUGGGAGCCUGCAUUGGGCUUGCGGAAGCCAAAAAUUAUGCCACUUUGAUUGUUCUUCGAUGCCUUCAAAGUACAGGGAGUGCGAGCACAAUUGCGAUUGGCUCUGGGGUAGUCGGUGACAUUACAACCCGUGCAGAUCGAGGAGGGUUCAUGGGCAUCUUCCAGGCCGGGCUCCUGGUUCCAGUCGCGGUAGGGCCCGUUAUUGGAGGCGCCUUAGCAGGGACGCUCGGAUGGAGAUCUAUCUUCUGGUUCCUGGCCAUCUACAGUGGCUCCUUCCUCAUCGUGCUGCUUAUAUUCCUGCCCGAGACUUUGAGGUCUGUGGUUGGAAACGGAAGUCGUGUGCCAUCGAACUUCGUGGCGAAAUUUCCCUUGAGUACGUACGCGAAGCUCACGCAGGUCGAGUGGGAUCCGGAGACGUCACCGUCUGAUCUUGCGCCUCGAAAGAGGAUUGAUGUGACUGGCCCCUUCCGCAUUCUGGUCAGCAAGCAGGCCGCACCCAUCGUCGUCUUUCUCGCUGUCUAUUACGCUGUGUGGCAGAUGAGCAUUACUGCCAUGUCCUCUCUGUUCAAGGACAAGUAUGGGUUAAGCGAGAUCCACAUCGGUCUCACCUUUAUUGCGAACGGAGUGGGCUCAAUGGUGGGAACCCUGAUUGCAGGAAGAAUCAUGAACCUCGAUUACCGCAACAUCAAGCGCAAACUCGACCUUCGGGCAGCCGCAACCCUGGAGUCCGGACAAGGGAACUCAGCUCGAACAGAGGAGACUGAAUUUCCUCUGGAGAAAGCCCGCUUCCGCCUGGUUCCUAUCUACUCCUGCCUUCAAUGCUUAUCGAUUAUCCUGUUCGGCUGGACCAUCAACUUCACGGUUCACAUCGCGGUGCCUAUCAUAUCAACCUUUAUCACCGGGUGGACCGUUAUUUCGAUGCAAACCAUCAUAUCGACCUACCUUGUUGACAUCUUCCCGAGCGAAGUGCCGCAGCUAGUGCCAGUGUCAACCUCGCCAGAUGUUUGGGCUGGCGCGACCUUCACCAUCUGCGCUGGAGUACAAUUGCUCGCAUUGAUCGGUCCUCUCACGCAAUGGAAAUACGGUGCGACGUGGCGGAAAGAGAUGGAAAAUCAGAAGUCGCAAGCUGCCUCCAGCGCCUAG